GGUCCAAAAUACGUUUAAAGUUUGCAAUCUAUUUUAGAAUUUACUCUGUGAUAAAAAGCGCGCCACUUUUGCUUCAAUUUGACUUUGACGUUGAAAACUAAACUAUCGUGAGAACUUUGGGGGACAUCAGAAAACAUCACGUAAUUCGAAUAAAAAAAGCAAGAAAAAUAGAUAUUAUGCUUUAAUUUAUCGUACACUUUAUUUUUUCUUAAACACUAUGUCUACCUUACAACCUAUUCAAGCUUUGAACUUAGAUUCAGUGCAGCAACGGGCAUUCAUCAAAUACUUUAACUCCCUAACAGAGAAACCGCCAACAACAGUUCGUAUAUUCGACCGCAAUGAGUACUACAGCGUUCACGGCGCUGAUGCUACGACAGCCGCUCGCGAGGUCUUCUGUUCUAUCGCUAAUAUCAAGAAGAUGGGUCUCGAACCAGAUAAACUCGACUACCUCGUACUCUCUAAAGGAAAUUUUGAAAUACUUAUCAGGAAACUUUUGUUGGUGAAGCGAUACCGAGUUGAAAUAUAUGUAUCGGAAGGAUCUACAAAGAAUAACGAAUGGCGAUUAGAGUAUAAAGGUUCACCCGGUAAUCUUUCGCAAUUAGAAGAGGUGUUAGGUGACGGUCUUGGCACUGCCAAUGAAAACGCACCUUGCUUGAUGGCGGUCAAUUUUAAAACGGAUGCCGUGACGAAGGGUCGUCUUCUAGGAGUGGCUUGUGUGACGGCCGCCGACUAUCAGUUCUCUAUCUCGGAGUUCACAGACGAUGAUUUACUGACGCAGCUGGAGACAAUCACUGUGCAGACGGCGCCGGCGGAAUGUCUCGUUAUACAAGGCGAUAAUGAGGAUCAAAAAGCUCUUAAGAAGGUGAUGCAAAGAGCCAAUGUGACGGUAACAAAAUUGAAGAGAUCAGAUUUCUCCACGGAAGGUCUGAUUCAAGAUCUGAAUCGGUUGCUCAAGUUCAAAGGCAGUCAGUCACAAGAUGCUAACGCAUUCCCAGAGACGCGCAAGGAAGUCGCCAUGUCCAGUUUAGCUGCUGCCAUCAGAUAUACCACAUUACUGAAUGAAAACACCAACUUUGGAAGGUUCCAUCUGACCACGAUCACAACUGCUGGCUUCCUACACCUGGAUGCAGCAGCACUGACCGCGCUCAAUGUAUUCCCAGAACUGGGCGACAUCUCGCACUCGCCCACACGAAGUAUCUACGGUCUGCUCGACAGAUGUCGCACUCAGCACGGAAAACGUUUGUUGGCACAAUGGCUACGUCAGCCGCUACGAGAUAUCAACUUGAUCAACGAGCGGCUGGACAUCGUCCAGGUGUUGAUGGAGAGGUCACAGGUGCGGCUGCAGCUGCAUGAGCUGCUGCGGCGUGCGCCCGACCUGCAGGCCCUCGCACGUCGUCUCACCAGGAAGAAAGCCAGUCUACACGACUGUUACAGGAUCUAUCAGGCAAUAGAGAGACUGCCGUCUUUACUACAAUGUCUAGCGCAGGCGGAUAACGCGACCGUGCACGCGGCGCUCUCAGAACCUAUAUCAGAACUUCACAGCCAUCUUGAGAAGUUCCAGCAGAUGAUUGAAACUACAGUCGAUAUGGAGGCUGUAGAUAGAGGUGAAUACCUAGUGAAGGCGUCAUUUGACGAACAGCUGCAGAGUCUACGUAGCGAGCUGGACAGGUUGCAGGUGGCGGCGGAGAGACAGCUACGAGCAGCAGCAGACAGCCUCGGCCUAGAUCCAGGCAAGACUAUCAAGUUGGAAAAUAAUCCACAGAAUGGAUUUUAUUUUAGAAUAACAAAUAAAGAAGAGCAUGCGAUUCGUGGCAGUAAGAAGUUUACAAUAAUUGAUGCGGUGAAGGGAGGAGUCAGAUUCAAGAACAACUCAUUGGAGAACAUCACAGAUGAAUAUGUGCAGACUAAAGAUACCUAUGAAAGGGAACAGGACAAAGUUGUUGCUGAAAUUGUUAAUAUUGCAUCUGGAUAUUCCGAAUGUUUAUUCAACUUGUCACAUAUGAUAUCCCGCGUGGACGUGUUGGUGUCAAUGUCGGUGGCGGCUUGUUCUGCGCCGUUACCAUAUUGCCGGCCUGUGAUCACUGACAGUAUGGAGGAGCUGCUGCUCAGUGAGGUCCGCCAUCCUUGCCUCGAGGUGCAGGAAGGUGUCUCUUACAUACCUAACGAUGUUCACUUCAAACGAGGUAAAUGCGUGAUGCAUAUAAUAACUGGUGCAAACAUGGGCGGCAAGUCUACAUGGAUGAGGUCGUGCGGUGCGGCGGUGUUACUGGCGCACGCCGGCUGCCCGGUGCCCGCCUCCGCUGCCCGACUGCCGCUACUACGCUCUCUACGUGCACGACUCGGCGCUGCGGACAAGGAGCAGCACGCCCACAGCACCUUCAUGCUGGAGAUGCUGGAUACAGCUGCUAUACUUAGAACGGCGACUCCUGACAGCUUGGUGCUGAUAGACGAGUUAGGACGCGGCACUUCCACAUACGAGGGCUGCGGCAUCGCCUGGGCCAUCGCUGAGAAAUUGGCAACAGAAUCUCAAUGUUUCUGUCUAUUCGCGACACAUUAUCACGAGCUGACACGUCUGGAGGCACAGCAUCCCGGUGUCAUUGUGAACUCGCACGCGCAGGCGUCUGUGGUGGACGGUCAGCUGCUGCUGCUGCACCGCAUCCAGCCCGGCGCAGCACCACACUCGCUUGGCCUGCACGUCGCCAAGCUGGCUGAUCUGCCGGACUACAUCAUACAGUACGCUGAAGAGAAGCAAUCUCAACUCGAAACGAAUCUAUUCGAGAUCGAGGCGUCUAUGAAAUCUCAAGAAGCUUCAGAAGGACAAGAAAUUAUAUUAGAUUUCUUACGUAAAUGCAAACAGAUAAAUGAGACUGCGACAUCAGACGAGGAGAUGAUGAAGGAGAUUGACAAGUUGAAACGAGAGCUUCAACAACACAACAGUAAAUAUUUGCAGUCUCUUAUUGCGUGAUCAUUUUGUUUGUAUUAAAAAUAAACUGUCCAUAUUCAUCUGUCAUUUAUUUAACCCUAU